AUGAAAAAGUGUUCAAGUAUUCAAACUGUGUCGAUCUCUAUGUUGCUUCGCUAUUCGCAUCACCAGAUAUUUGUGUUCAUUGGCGUGUGGUUCGUAACCUGCUGCUCUCACCUCGUCACCGAGGCGCGAGGCCCGUUGGCAUGGUCGCUUGGGGGCGAGCCGUGCGCGCCUUCGCGCUGCGGGGGCCAUGUGGAACACCGGCGCGCGCUGCUAAUGAGGCCGGCGCUAAAACGCAACUUGUUAUUUAACCCCGGUCGGCGCGGCCAAUUUCCAUGCGUGGCGCGCGGUGGGGCGGGCCGGGCCCGGGCCGUCACCGCGGCGUCCGCGCGCCCAAUUUGCAUGCAGGCGCUUCCCCCCCCCCUCCCCGGCUACCCGACCCCGGCCGCGGUCCGCCCCGCGUCGCCGACUGCGAAUUCUACACACGCAAAGCCGAACGGGAAUGCGUGGGAUCUGUGCAUUCCGAUUGGCAGCGCCGUUGGCGGCCCGGUUGCGCACUGCCGUCGCUGCUUGGGGCGGGCGGCCCGGCCAGAGCCAGAGCAUAUGGGAGCGUCAGCCCAGAAGGCGCCGGCUGAGUGCGUGCGCGUGAUAAGGGCGAGACCUUUGCCGCUGCCAGUGAUCACCCGGCGCAUGCUUUACUGUGACACGCGCUCCUGCAGUGACAUUUCUCAACCGGCGCAAAAAAGUGUAUCAGGUUGUGCAGCUCCCCCGAAAAGGUGGCUGGAGGUUCGAACCGCUCCCAGCGAGGCCGGGCGAGGCUCGAAGGCAGCCGUGGGAGAGCAGGGCAGGGCAGGGCAGGGCAGGGUUCUCCCGGAGGAGCCGGGGCCCAACUAUUCAUAG